AUGUAUCUUUGCCGUUUACCAUCAUCCUGGGACAAUCGUCCACAUCGAUCGGAAACAAACAUUCUGCGCUCCAUCCUGCCGGUUGGCACUCCUGUGAAAAUUCGAUGCUGUCGUGGUAAACGUACUGUGCCAGUUAAAGCCGAUUUUUUCCUUGAAACUGGUGAAUCCGUACUUGACAUCGUCCAGGAACUGAAAAUCCAGAAGCGAGUGUUACACCCUUGCUCCGAUAUUGUCCCCUACCAACCGCUACUGCACAUUUUACUACAUCAAAUUGAUUGUAACUACGAAGAAGACGUAGAUGUGUUUCAGCCAUUUGUUAAAGGACGCCUGAAAUUUGGUGAUUUGAAUGAAAACGAAAUAAAUUAA